CGCUUCAUUUCCGAGCCAGAGAGUGCAUCUGACCUGUGAACGGGAACAUGCUUCACUGUUGAGUCUGCUGGUUCACCUGUUCAACCUGCACCUGUUUCUAGAAUAACAACCACGCUACAGCUCAACAGUCCUCUCGCCAUGGCUCUGGCUGGAGUGAGGGUUAUCGAGCUGGCGGGUUUAGCUCCGGCACCGUUCUGCGGUAUGAUCCUGGCGGACUUUGGAGCCAAGGUGAUCCGCGUGGACCGGACAAAGGUGGCCAUGUCUUUGGACACACAAGGACGGGGGAAACAAUCUGUGGCCCUCAACCUGAAGUCAUCAGAGGGCGUCGCUGUGCUCAGGAAACUCUGUGUCCAGUCUGAUGUGGUCCUUGAGCCCUACCGUAAAGGUGUGAUGGAGAAGCUGGGCCUCGGCCCACUUGAGCUCUUAAAGGAGAAUCCCCGUCUGAUCUACGCUCGGCUGACGGGGUACGGCCAGAGUGGAUCUUAUGCCAAUACUGCUGGACAUGACAUCAACUAUCUCGCCAUGUCAGAUAGUCACCAAAACAACACAAACUCCUUCCCUGACAUAUUCCCUUCUACUCUUCACAUGUCAGAGUAUCUGUGGUGUGUCCCAUCACAAUGAGAGAAGAGAGAGAGA